AUGGUUUUAGCAGCCGUGGGGCAGCUAUGCUCGACUAGCAACAUAACUUCGAAUCUAGCUCAGUGCAAGGUGUUGGUUCGGAAGGCUGCUGCAGCAGGUGCCAAGGUGCUGUUUCUUCCCGAGGCAUCGGACUAUAUCGCAUCCUCGGCAGAGCAAUCCUAUUCCCUCGCCCGGUCUGAAGAGAGGACUAGCUUUGUGUCAUCUUUACAGAGAGACGCCGAGGAACAGAAUAUCCACAUCAAUGUCGGGAUUCAUGAAGUAGCUUCUGAAACCAGGCUCAAGAAUUUAUUGAUCUGGAUCGACGACAAGGGAAUCAUUACCCAAAAAUACCAGAAAAUCCAUAUGUUUGAUGUCGAUAUCAAAGAUGGACCUGUGCUCAAGGAGAGCGCGAGCGUCCAGCCAGGACAACAAAUUCCAACGCCGUUUGAAACUCCUAUAGGACGUGUUGGUCUCAGCAUUUGUUUUGAUUUGCGUUUUCCAGAGAUCGGCCUGGCAUUGAGGCGGAAGGAUGCUGAAAUCAUCACAUAUCCAUCAGCAUUCACUGUUCCAACGGGAAAGGCUCAUUGGGAGCCUUUGCUACGAGCAAGAGCUAUUGAGACCCAGUCAUAUGUGAUUGCAGCUGCCCAGGCAGGUCCCCAUAACGAGAAGAGACGAAGCUAUGGUCAUUCUAUUAUCGUCAACCCGUGGGGUGAAGUGGUAGCAAAGCUGGGAGAUGAGCACCGAGAACCACAAAUUGCGACUGCCGACAUUGAUCUCGAUCUUGUGGCAAAGAUUAGGCGUGAAAUGCCCUUGCUUCGGAGAAAUGAUCUUUAUCCUGAGAUCUGA